AUGGCUGAUAUAAGGAGCAUGUUUUCUAAAAUGGGUUCAUUGACAAAUGGAGAUGGUGAUACUAAUAAAAAUGAUGAUGAACCAGAGGUGGUUUCAGCUUCCAGUAAUAAGUCUAAAAAACAAGUCAAAAAUACCAUUGAAAAGACUUACCAGAAAAAAUCUCAGCUAGAGCAUAUCCUUUUGAGACCUGAUACCUAUAUUGGUUCAGUUGAAAAAGUCUCAGAAUCCAUGUGGGUGUUUGACAAAGAGUCAGAAACUAUGGUUCAAAGGCAAAUUGAAUAUGUUCCUGGACUAUAUAAGAUAUUUGAUGAAAUUCUAGUUAAUGCUGCUGAUAACAAGCAGAGAGACAAGAAAAUGGAUUGUAUCAAAAUUGAUAUAAAUGCUGAAGACAACAUCAUCUCUGUCUGGAAUAAUGGCCAAGGUAUUCCAGUGGCAAUGCAUAAGGAUGAAAAUAUGUUUGUCCCAACUAUGAUAUUUGGACAUCUUCUUACCUCAUCAAACUACAAUGAUGAGGAAGAAAAAGUUACUGGAGGAAGAAAUGGAUAUGGUGCAAAACUAUGUAAUAUUUUCAGCACCAAGUUCACUGUUGAGACUUCAUCACAUGAAUACAGAAAACAAUUCAAGCAAACAUGGGCCAAUAACAUGUCCAAAGCUUCAGAACCUAAAGUGAAACCUUCAAGUGGUGAGGAUUAUACAAAAAUUAUAUUUAGUCCUGAUUUACAAAAAUUCAAAAUGGAUAAAUUGGAUGAUGGGAUUGUUUCCUUGAUGUCAAGAAGAGCCUAUGAUGUUGCUGCUUCCAGCAAAGGUGUCAAGGUUUUCCUCAAUGGCAAAAGGUUACCAGUGAAACAGUUCAAAGACUACGUUGAGUUAUUCAUCAAAGGAAAGGAAGACAGCAUGACUGGAAAUGCUCUGAAGGUGAUUCACGACCAAGCUAACGAAAGAUGGGAAAUCGCGUUGACAAUGUCCGAUUCAGGUUUUCAACAGAUGUCAUUCGUGAACAGCAUUGCCACCACAAAAGGUGGCCGACAUGUCGAUUAUAUCGUCGACAUGAUCGUCAAACAACUCAUCGAAGUUUUGAAGAAGAAAAAUAAAGGAGGAGUUAAUAUCAAGCCCUUCCAAGUGAAGAAUCACAUGUGGGUAUUCAUAAAUUGUUUAAUUGUCAAUCCGACUUUCGACUCGCAGACCAAGGAAAACAUGACCCUCCAGAUGAAGAGUUUCGGUUCCAAAUGCACCCUCAGUGACAAGUUCAUUCAACAAGUGAUAAAGAGCGGUAUAGUCGAAUCGGUUUUGUCUUGGGCUAAAUUUAAGGCGCAAAAUGAACUUGCGAAGACCAGCGGUAAAAAGCAGAGCAAGAUAAAAGGCAUACCCAAGCUCGAGGACGCCAAUGAUGCAGGAACAAAGAACGCAUUGAAAUGUACCCUGAUCUUGACCGAGGGAGACUCCGCCAAAAGUACGGUCAUGUCCGGAUUGGGCGUUGUCGGUAGAGAUCACUAUGGUAUUUUUCCGCUGAGAGGUAAAUUGCUGAAUGUGCGCGAAGCGACGCACAAACAAAUCAUGGAAAACGCCGAGAUCAACAACAUCAUCAAAAUUCUGGGGUUGCAGUACAAAAAAAAGUACAAUACUCCGGAGGACAUGAGAACUUUGAGGUACGGCAAAGUCAUGAUUAUGACUGAUCAGGAUCAGGACGGGUCACAUAUAAAGGGAUUACUCAUUAAUUUUAUACAUCACAACUGGCCUGAGCUACUGAAGCAGAACUUUCUGGAACAGUUCAUCACACCUAUUGUCAAGGCGAGGAAGAACAAGGAGGUGUUGUCGUUUUAUUCAUUGCCUGAGUUUGAAGAAUGGAAGGGAAAUACUCCAAAUCAUCACACAUACUCCAUCAAAUACUACAAAGGUUUGGGUACCUCCAGUCGAGAGGAGGGCCGCGAAUACUUCACCAACAUCGAACGCCACCGCAUCCGCUUCCGCUACUCCGGCCAGCAGGACGAUGACCACAUCCUAUUGGCAUUCAGCAAGAAGCACAUCGACCUGCGCAAAGAGUGGCUGACCAAUUUCAUGGUGGAGACGCGCAGACGCAAAGAGAUCGGGCUACAGGAGAAGUACCUGUACGGCAAGGAUACGCGGUUUGUGUCGUUCACGGAGUUCAUCAACAUGGAGCUGGUGCUGUUCUCCAACGGGGACAAUGUUAGGUCGAUACCCAGCAUGGUGGACGGGUUCAAGCCUGGUCAGAGGAAGGUACUGUACGUGGCGAUGAAACGCAACGACAAGCGAGAAAUCAAGGUGGGCCAGCUGGUCGGAUCCGUGAUGGAGAAGGCGGCAUACCAUCACGGCGACACCUCUCUGGCGAUGACGAUCAUCGCGAUGGCGCAAAAUUUCACCGGCACCAACAACAUCAAUCUGCUGGAGCCUCGGGGCCAGUUCGGCACGCGGUAUUCCGGCGGCAAGGAUGCCGCCAGUCCCAGGUACAUCUUCACUAAGCUAUCCCCUCUCACUCGAUUGCUCUUCCAUCAGUAUGACGAUCCGCUGCUAAAGUACGAGUACGACGAUAACAUAAAAAUCGAGCCGAAUUGGUACAUCCCCAUUAUACCGAUGGUACUGGUCAAUGGGGCUGAUGGUAUAGGCACCGGUUGGAUGACAAAGAUCCCCAACUACAAUCCCCGCGACAUCGUCAAGAACAUCAGGCGCAUGCUCGACGGCGAAGAGCCGAAAGAGCUGACGCCUUGGUACAAGGACUUCAUCGGCACGGUGGAGUACGGCGGCGAUCAUCGGUACGUGGUGAGCGGCGAGAUCGCCAUCUUGGACAACGACACGGUGGAGAUCACCGAGCUGCCCAUCGGCACGUGGACGCAGAAUUACAAGGAGAACGUUCUUGAACCGAUGACGAAUGGUUCCGACAAAAUCAAAGCAGUAUUAGUAGAAUACAAAGACUAUAGUACGGAUGCCACUAUCAAAUUCACUGUCAAACUUCAGAAUGGGCAAAUGGAAGUUAUGGAAAAGGAAGGAUUGCACAAAACAUUCAAGCUACAAAAUUUAGUGAACACUAGCUCUAUGUGUGCGUUUGAUGAGUAUGGAUGCCUCAGAAGGUACGAUUCAGUAAUGACGAUCCUUCAAGAGUUUUACACCUUACGUCUGAAAAUGUACCAGAAACGCAAAGACUAUUUGGAAGGUAUGCUUGGGUCAGAAGCAGCACAAUUGAGUAAUAAAGCGAGAUUCAUCUUGGAAAAAUGUAAUGGGGAGCUCACAGUGGAGAACAAGAAACGGAAAACAAUCGUUGACGAAUUAUUGAAGCGAGGUUACGAUCCUGAUCCGAUUCAGACUUGGAAAUCGAGGGUGCAAGAUGAGGACGAUGAAAGCGACCAGCCGGAGCAGGAAGAAGAAGAAUCUCAAGAGGAAGACGAGAAGAAGAAGAAGACUAAACCGGAGGCCAUGGGUCCGGAAGCCAAGAAGUUCGAUUACCUGCUCAGUAUGUCGAUGUGGAUGUUGACGGAAGAGAAGAAAAACGAAUUGCUCAGGCAGAGGGAUGAGAAGUUGGCCGUGUUGGAGAUUUUGAAAAAGAAGGAGCCUUCCGAUCUGUGGCGGGAGGAUUUGGACGAGUUCAUCGUUCAGUUGGACAAGCUGGAAAAGAAGGAAAAAGAAGCACAGGCGGAAGAACUGAAACAGCGGACGAAAAAGGGACUAGAUGGAACGAAAUCGGGAAGGGGUAAGGCAAAAACGAAAUUCUUCGAAAUCAUGCCUUCUGCUAACGCUCAAAGGGUCGAACCAGUCAUCACUGAGGAAAUAAAGAAGAAAAUCCAGACCGCCGCCAAAACUAAAGAGUCAAGAUUGAAGAAGGGAGUUAAAAAAGAAGUAAUCACGGAAGGAGAUGACGUCGACGAGUUUGAUGAUAUGGUGAAGAGCAAGAAGACCUUGAAAGAUAAAUUGGGCACGCCCGAAGAACUGAUCAAGAAACCAAGAAAGAAGAAGGAAACUGGAAAUGAUGGCUUGAAACAAACAAAACUCAACUUUGCUAAAGUCAACGGGUCGCCGAAGAAGAAAGGCAGAAAGAGAAAGGACAACACCGAUUCCGAAGACGAAGCCGAUUCCGACUCGGGAUCGGACGUCGAAUUCGUCAACUCGAGCGCAAACAGUUCGCUGGUCAAAGAGCGCGUUCUCAACAGACGGGCUGCCACAAAAGUCACCAAGUACAGUAUUUCCGACGAAGACGAAUCGAAAUCGGAAGGGGAACCCGAACUCUUCGACAACGAAGCCGUCAAAGACACCACCAAGCCGGAAGUGCUGUUGACCUCCGAGGACGAAGAAGAAAAACCCCCCUCCAAACACGAAACGUCCGAGGAUAUGUUCGAUUCGCUGGUGGGAAGGAAAAAGGAUGAUAAACUGGAGGAAACAAAUGCCAACAAGCGGAAGAUAAUAGACGACGAAUCGGAUUCGGAUGGGUUGGUAUCGAAGAAGAACAAACCUUUGGCUGACUCGAGCGACGAUAUGUUCGAGAGCAAGCCGCAGACGAACGCGAAGGCUAAGAAGCCUUUGCAGAAGAAGAAGAAGAGUAGCGAGGACGAUUCGUCGCCUAAGAAACCGAAGGCGAAGAAGAAGAAGGUGGUGUCCAGUGAUUCGGAGGAUGUCCCUAAGAAAACGAAGGGAAGGAAGAAGAAGACUGAAUCUUCGGAUGAUGAUUUCGAUAUCGAGAAAUCGAAGGGGAAGAGAAGUGAUAGCGAGGAGGAGAGCGAGCGUCCGGCGGUUAAUAGGCCUGCUAGGGCGGGGAGGGUUGCGCAGAAGUCUAAAUACACAUUCGAUGACUCUGAUGAUUCCGAUUGA